CAGGCCCGACCCACGCAAAACCUAUUCCCUCCCUUUCCCCUUCUCCGCCUCCGCCUCCUCCUCGCCGACCACGCCCCUCCUCCAAUCUCCCACGCAUCCAAACCACUCUCUCCCCUCUCCCACCCGCACCUCCUGCGCCUGCGAGGAGCGAUUCGUCGAGGAACCGCUGAGCAAGGCCAUCGACGCGUGCUGGAUCCGGUGUCUCUAUUUCUCUCUCGUGCUCGAUCCCGAUCCACCCCCUUCUCUCGGCGCGGCGCAUGCGGGAAAGCUCGCUGCUGCGGUGGGCCUUGACGGCGGCGAGCAGGGAGCCGGCGAGGUAGACCACAAGGUCGUCAUGGGCUCCAUCUGCGCCCUCUUGCCAGCGGACUGCUGGUCGCCUCGGCCUCCCGUAGCAUCUCCGACUGGCACAAGCUGCAGGUCCUGGCCCGGAGAAGAAGCUGAUUGUCGAGUGCCAGGUGGCUGGCCUGGGGGUGCUCACCAAUGCCUACAACUUCUACUGGCUCGCAAGAGCGCAUCCACAUCCCGGAGCAGAAGCUGGUUCACGAGUGCCAGGCGGUUGACCAGGUGGUGCUCACCAACGCCUACUGCUCCUAAUGUCUGCCAAGAGCUUAUCCACAUGCAAGGCAGUCCGGCGUCCCGCCCUGCAAGAUGCGGGUCUGCAUGCUCGGUGAUGCCAAGCAUGUGGGGGAAGUAUGUGCCGUUUACUGGUAUUGCUAAGCAAUUCUCCUCUCUAUAACAUAGUUUGAUGGUCAUGAUGUACAAACAAGUAAUGUUUGGUUCUUAGUUCUUACUGCAAUACGGAUUGUCGAUUGGUGCAAAACUAGUGAAUUUCAAAUUGUAUAACUACCGAGAGGGUAGUCAGGCUAGAUGAGGAUGACACUGGAAUCCGGUGGUGGGAUUUCUUGUUAUCAGGCAGUGUUCAAUUUCUUUCUCUGCCUACUCCAUGCUAGGACAGUUUCCCUGUAUUGCUGCCACUUGAAGAAUGUUAUGCUUACCAUGGUCUGCUUUUAUGAAGUGAUAUGAUUGUUUGGUACCUA